AAUUGUUGUGGUUUUUCUGCUUUUGUUGCAAAUAAAACGGUCCGAUUUUUGUUGGUGUUCCUUGCAAUGCGAUUCAUUUUUCCCGUGCCGUGUGUUCUACUCAAAGAAAGUGUUGUGAAUAUUGGCCUAGUUGUCUGUAAGACUACCUAAUUGUGUUUAGUGUAUAGUGAAGUAAUUUGUGUUCCAUCUACUUUCGUCGUGGAUAUAUCAAUGCAAUCCGGAGUGCAUAUGUGAUGCAAUCGCAACGCGGUGCCAAUCUAUUCGCAACGAUACAAGCUGCUUUUAUUGGUCGCAUGGGUCGGACAAAAGCUAUGCAAAACAUGUGCUGCUAGGUGCAUUUUGUGUAUGGUGAGCGUGUACUUCAAUACCUCAACAAUCCGGCAACGUUCUGUUCGUAAAGUCAGCACAUUGGGUGAUUGAAAUUGGGAGGCGGAAACAGAAAUCAAUCAGCAAACGCCAUGCCAGGCUCAUGUUUCACUCUGCUUCUUCGGCAGUUGCAAAAUUCCGAACCACAAGCAGCACAAUGGUAAACUGCUGGAACAUAACCGGACGAUUGAAGCCCAACCCACAGUUUUGGGUGAGCUAAGCAUGACGUCAUAGCAGGUGAACCGAUUGCAAUCAAGCACGCACAACAUCGGGGGAGUGUAUGCGCGAUUUAAAAAUUAGGACAUCGUGUACGUCAUCAGGAGCUGGUGCAGUUACCAGCAUCCGACCCAGCCCAGCGAUUGAAAAACGUGCGUUCAAUGGAACAAACAGCAAACGAAUGCAUCAACAGUGGCCGGCUACGGCAAGAAAACCCUUGAGCAAAAAGAACGCCUGUAUGCCAAAAAGUGAUCUGGGUGGUGAACAAAAAAAAAAUGGGCAACGGCGCUGAAGUGUUCACCCAGUCCACAAUGUGCCGAACAACGUAUGGUUGUAAUGAUAUUAAUUAAUAGUUGCGGUUGAAGUGAUCCCGCCUGGCAGCAGCAUGAUGAUGGUGAUGAUGAUGAGCAUGUGCUGGCAACCUCGUGUACGCAAGCCGGCCAACUUGGCGCGCUAAAUCGUAAACCGAAAUCUUGUCGCCGGUACCUCGGAAUACCCGAGUGGCAUCUCCAACCCGAAGUGUCACGACGCUGGAUACCGUCGAGAGCGGAGUCGAACCGGCGCAAAGAGAAACAGGAACCGUUUUCUUCCGAUGAAGGAGAGUUCCGAUGGUGUAGAUCGGUAAAGUACAUUGGCACCACCAGCGUUACAACAAGCCAGCAAAAAGAGACAGAGAGAAAGCUUUCGAUGCGACCAAAAAGGUCCAGGGCAAAAUCAACAUCCCGCUUAACCACCCGGUAGAGAUUGGCAGUUGAGGUGGAGAAUGUGUAAUAUGCUCGCUCAACAAUCUCACUAGCUGUAGUCGGAGUAGUUCCGCUCGGUGUGAAUGAAAUCGCGGGAAAACCGAAGCAUACAACCCCCUAAUGCACACACAGACACACAGGCGCGAUACGCAUCGACCAGUGGAGGGCCCUCGAUGUGUGGUUCACACAUCGCGAAUAAAAUUACCGAACGUAGCGCGUUGCUACAUCAGUACGAAAUCGGUCGCGAGUCGGUCCGCAGCGCCACACAGAACCGUCUAGAUUACCCAGGAGAGUGGUUGACAGUAGUUUGCUCACACGUUUCGCUUUUGCUCGGGAAAUAGCUCCUAGCGAUAAAGGGAUCGACAUCAAUUCUCAACAUUCGCAUUCAGUACGUGUUGGGCUUGCGAAGCGAUAAGUAAGGGCAUACAGCGCACCCGAAUCUGUAGUUACGAACGAAACUGUUCCGACGCAUUGGUCGACAGACACUUAUCGGUUAAACAAUAUUGGCGGCAUCGUUCAGCUGAGAACGUGGUGCGUAAGAUUAUUCGAGAAACAAGUUGUGGCUAAUGGUAAACGUGUCUGUUUGUUUUUUUAUCGAGUGAAUUACCACGAUUAUCUUGCACUUCGCGCUAGUGAAACUGUUACAAUACCGCGACAGAUAUACGCGUAAAAUAGCGAUCAAUUCAGAUCUUACCGUCUGGCAUCAUAGUCCGUGAGUUAGUCGUGUGUACGGUGUAGCAAAUUAGAGUGCAAUUAGUGAAGAGUCGUGACGUGAAGCUCUGGCAUUCGGAAGCAGAGCAGAGAUACGUAGAAGAAACCCCACGUCUCGGACCGCGUGUGUGCUUGUGUUUGUUGCAGGUGUUUCACAUCGUGUAACUUGAAGUUUUCUUUUUUUGCCGCGGUUCGAAUGCGUGAUUACUAAUCGCACAACAGUACGAUCAAAGCUAUCCAGAAGAGGGAGAGAUAGCUGUUUGUUUAGCGGUGUCGAGAAGCAAUCGCAUCCAAAAAUUGGUUAAGUUGUUUUUUUUUUCGUUGGUAAUCAUAAAAACCAGACGCGCUCGGUUCUGUUAGGGAGACGCGUUUAAGUGUGUUCUCUUAAGUUACGUGCGUUAAGUGGAGCGAAAAAUCGGCUGUUCAAAUUCACAAAAUGAAGGAUAUCUAUAGUAAGGGAAAUCUACUGCACAAGGACGCCAUCUACAAGGAUGUGGUCAUUAUUGGCAAUGGACCAAGCGGUAUAUCACUGUCGUAUAUGCUGGCUGGCCACUGGCCUUACUGGUCACCGGAGAAGGCACAGAAACAUCCAGAUGAGCUGCUGCGGGCACGGUUAAAUUAUUACGAUUCAAAGAAAAGUUUGGUAGAGCAUGAUCUGUUCAGUUUGGCAGAUGGAUUGGAAGGACGCAGCACAAAUCCUGUCUCGUUGUUGCUGGACAGCUUGCAACAUCCGUGCGCCGAUUUGGGAAUGGAUUUACCCUCAAUGGUCGAGUACCGGUACCAUCCGGAAAAGGAGAUCGACCAUCUCGUACUGGGACGUGGACCACCCGGCGGUUCCUGGCAUCGGAUGGAUCCAAACCUGCGCACCCUUUCGCUGGCCGCCUGGAUGUCUCUUCCCGGUUUACCGUUCGCGGAAUGGGAAUCACGCCAUCCAUCGGUGGAAGCUGUUGACGAAUCUGUUCAACCGUUGAAAUCGUUCGCGUCCGAACCGGUGCCGAGUUGUGCCAGGUGUAACGAGCUGGCAAAGCGCGCGAAGCGAGGCGGACAGAAAGUGCCCUUAAUCAAGUGUAGCAAAUGUUAUCGCAGCGGAACGCAUACGGACGGUAACAAUAACAUGAGCGUUGUGGAAGGAAAUGGAAUUCAGGGGGAACAUCAGCAGCAGCAGCAUGGCGAUGGCAAUGUAGUGGCCGUAUUGGACGAGCGCAGUGGCAAGGUAAACGUCAAGUUGCUUUGCCCACCGCGCCGGAAUCUUUCGCUGAAGCGACAAGUAUCGAAGGAGGUCGAAACGCGUGCACUAAUAUCUAGUGUCGCACAGUACUACGAAAGUUACGUGACGGAAAUGGGUUUGGAGCGGUACUUUAUGAACGAAACGAUUGUGACAACGGUUGUGCCGCUCGAUGGAAAAUGUGAGACGGCGCUUCCAGAACGUUUCCGGAAUGGACGGUGGCUCGUUGCUGGCUUCAACCGAACGACAAACAAACGCUUUACGAUCGUUUGCAAUAAUCUAGUGCUGGCGAAUGGUGCUUCCGAUCUUGCGAACCGAUUGGGCGUGAAAGGUGAAGGUUUGGAGAUGCCGUGGGUAAAGUAUGAACUGCCACAUCUCGAACGUGCAUUGGAAAAGUACGACGAUCAGGCUCGCACACAGCUAAAACCGGUGUUGAUCGUCGGUGCUGGACUUAGUGCAGCCGAUGCUGUCACGAUUUGUCGAUCGUCCGGUAUUCCUGUGGUUCAUGUGUACCGGAAUCGUACGGCUGGACUGGAUAAGAUGCUACCGGGAAACGUUUAUCCCGAGUAUCACGAGGUGCACAAGAUGAUGAAGGAUUCGAACCGCAAGCAUGAACUGUACACUCCCUUACCAGAGCAUACGAUAGUGGAUCUAGCGAUCGGAGCCGAUUCACGACGCGUAACCGUGCAACAUUUGAAGACGGGUGAACGGCGCGAGCUGGACGUUUCCUAUUGCGCAAUACUGAUCGGUUCCCGGCCCGAUCUACGAUUUAUCUCCUCGAUCACGGGCACAAAGUGUACGAACGCACCCAACACCGAAGCAUCGAACCCACCACCGGUUCUAAUCUCCUGUCCCGAUUCGGAAACGGAAGAUGAAGCGGCUCUUAACCAUUGCUUUGGCCGACAGCCCGUCCAACCACUAACGAUGUGGAUGUUUACGGAGCAACUGCUAUCCUCGUGUCUUGGCCGGAAGCUUUACUGGCUGAAGAACAUGUGUGCCAAAUGCAAACACAUCAACCUCACCGAUAAACCUCGCCACAAACAGCAGCAGCAGCAUCUGCAGUACAAUGUGCUAAAUACAGCCGCGCUCGGUGGCCACUGUCCGCACCAGCAGGAUGAGAAACCCGUACUGAACCUGAGCGCUGCCUCCGGUAUGGGCCUCGGGGAAGAUCCAACAAAGCCAAUCGACUGUAAAAACAAUCCAAUCGAUGUGGAUAAAUACACGAACGCAGUGUUGCGUACGUCGCACACCGGACUGUACGCGAUGGGACCACUGGUCGGGGAUAACUUUGUGCGCUUCAUACCCGGCGGUGCACUCAGUAUUACGGCCGCACUGCACAAGCAUACGGAAAACGAUUGAUUGGUUUGGUGCACGAUGCGAAACGAGCAACGAGAUGAGUUUUGACGUGGGCAAUCGUUAUACUCAACGAUCCCGAAAUUGUUUCGUGGCGCUUUUGUUUGAAAGUGUCUGUCGUCCCCGUGUUCUGGAAUGGUGGACAGGUGGAACAAUUGACAGAUAAAUUUGACAAUUAUUCCCACAAUUCGGUACACCACCUUUACGACAUUCAGUAUGGGAAUGGUUCAUGCCAGUAGACUGGUUAUCAUUUAAACUGAACGCGUUGGUUUUGAUUGAUAUGAACAAAGUUGAACACGAAUUGUAAACCAUCGAAAGGCACGAAAGCUGAACGUUUAACGUUAAGAAAACUCGGUGAUGAAUGUAUCACCAAAAUGUCAAUUUGAAGUGCUGUUAAUUUCAGCGAUUAGUAUUUUCCGUUUUGGCUUUGUAGAUACUAACGCAAAAGUGAACAAUGAUUUAUUCAUACUCGGGAUAUUAACGUUCGUGAGGAUUUUAAAGAUUUUUCUAAGCACUGUACAAUAUUUUUCUAUUGUUUGUAUCAACCAAAAGAAGAUUGUUAGUGUUAUCGAUCGAAAAUCGAACGGGGAAAUCACUUUAGCGAUGGAGAAAUGUAAUUUUACAGUUUUUGUUUUUUAAAAAAAUAUGUUUGUUUUUUUUUUUGUUAAUCCUCACACUGUACCACGGGGAAACAAAACACCCCAACAUUCCUACAGCAAAAAGUAUGCCCUAAAAAAUACUCUUACGAUUGCACUAGAAAUCCCCUCCAUGAGGUAGGAAUUGUUAGUGUGUAGCAGUACGGUACCUCCUAAAACAACCCGAAUAAUAGCAGAUGUACAAGAAAAAGAUGCCCUGCCAACCUGCCAACCAGUGGGUUCCAUUGGUUCUAUAUUCAUCACACCCCCCCAAUUCCGCUUGAACGGCAUGGCUUUGCAGGAAGCCAUUUCGUCCUUUGUUCAUUACACUUACCCGUCUGUGAUUUAGUUUUGCUUUAACGUGAAUCGAGAAUGUUUGUGUGUAGAUAAUUUAUUUUCCUUCCCCGACACGUAUCAUCACCAUUUGCACACAUUCGUACACUAUUUUCUGACCUCACGUCACGACCUGAUUGGAGUCCUAACGAAACCAAUCGAUCUAUUUUUCGUCCACAGUAUCUACUGCCAUUGUAGUUUUUCUUUCUGUAGCAAUCAACUCACGGAACCUAAGCCUUAGCCGUCGUUAUGUGUCGCUUGUCUUGAACUAUUCAAGCAAUUGUUAUAAGCGACCCAUACUUUCGUAUUGUUAGGCCCAGCCAGAGAAUAUUAAAUCGGAAUAGAUUCGGAAUUUGUGGUGCAAAUGAACCAUCAGAAACCUUUUGCAAACGUACAAAAGCACCACUAUAAUAUGCCAAUGUACGUGUUAAAUUCACACUUUGAACCUAAUGCUUACAUUUGUCUCUCAUUCAAUUGUCGUUCUAAUAGUUGUACUAUAGCGGAAUAUUACUAUACGCGUAUAUAUUAUUACUAAAGCAAACCUUCUCCACCACGACAUCGUAUAAUCACAAUACAACAAGAUUGCGAAUACUGUAACCAUUGUAACGAAUGUAAGAAAAUUCUAAAGUAAUUACGUUUAUCCUAGGUAGUGCAUACCGGCGUGACGGUUGCAAGUGGUCGAAUGGCACGAAUUAAGAGACGGAGAGAUAGGAAGAGGAAAAGCUAAGGUUGAGAGGGUGAAAGAAGAAGAAAUAUGAACAAACCUAGUAGCAAGAGGCAAACAAACCUAGAGACUGAUCUUUGUACGUUUUAGAACUAGUCUAGGAACACGGUUAGAGUACGCGCACGAAUGCGAUCUGUAAUGGUGAUCCUUUCAAAUGCUUUUCUUACUACCUUUCGUUCCCAUAUAACCUUUGCCUUUUCGUCGGUGAAGAAAUUAAAGACGGCUUAUCCCGGCUUUUUUUUUCUUGCAUCACAAAAUUAGAGUGAUUCGAAGCCGCUUGUAAUAGUGUGCUCGUUAAAAUGUGUUUUUGGAAUAUUAAUUAAAGCAAACAAACAAGCAAAACACACACAAAAAAACAGGGUAGACUUAAAGUCAAACGCAUACACGACAGCUGCAGCAACAAACAAACCUGAUACUACCAUUACUAUAGCUAUCGUUACUAUUACGCUACUACCAUUAACUCAAGUUUAACAAGUUUUGUACAUAAUGUAUAACGUUACUUAAAUUGCAUUGUGCGUGCGUGUGUGUUAUUUUUUAGGUGAUGAUUUCGGUGGAUGUUUCAUUUUGCCAACAUCCCUUUUAUUGUAUUGUAGAGAGCAAAAUUUUCUAGUAAGUAGUAGAAAGUCAACACACAACUGCACGUGGCGCACACACCACAGUUAAAAAAAAAACGAAACGCAAAUCAAAAAAACAAACAUUGCGCGAAUCAAAAACCAUUACGUCUUUGCGUAAAAUUGUUACGUUUUAUUCUUCUUU